GUUUUUCUCGACGAUCAGUUCCUCCUCUGUCUCUGUCAACGUGACACCGUAUCCCAUCUCUCUCUCUCUCUCUCUCACUCGGCUAUUUUCAGCUCGCUGCAUCGACCAAUCUCGUAAAAUUGACAAAGACAGAAUCAUCCAACAUGUUCAAGAAGUUUUCAUUGGAGGAGGUUUCAUCACAAAACCAAGUUAAAGCUUCGGUUCAACGUAGGAUUCGCCAGAGUAUUCAAGAGGAGUACCCGGGACUUGAGACAGUGUUGGAGGAUCUACUUCCUAAAAAGUCUCCUCUCGUUGUAGUGAAAUGCCCAAACCAUCUUACCCUAGUUGUUGUCAACAAUGUGCCCCUCUUUUUCUGUAUCCGCGACGGGCCAUACAUGCCAACAUUGCGACUUCUUCAUCAAUACCCAAAUAUAAUGAAGAGGUUUCAAGUUGAUAGAGGUGCAAUAAAGUUUGUUUUCUCUGGUGCAAACAUAAUGUGUCCUGGUCUUACAUCCCCUGGAGGCGUUCUUGAUGAAGAAGUUGACACAGAGAGGCCAGUGGCAAUAUAUGCAGAAGGAAAGCAACAUGCCUUAGCAAUAGGCUUCACCAAAAUGUCAGCCAAGGACAUUAAGAGCAUCAACAAAGGAAUCGGUGUGGACAAUAUGCAUUACCUCAACGACGGUCUCUGGAAGAUGGAACGGCUAGAUUGAGGACGAUGUCGCAUCUCAUAUGAAUCAGUGUCCGGGAGAGUAAUAUUAUGAUCUCCUUUUAUGUCUCUCUAAACUUGUGGAGCUUUUGUCCGGAUCAACCUAAGCUUCAUUUUUGAAAUAUUUGAUGUUUUGUUUUAUGAGAGAACAUCACUACGGUUAUAGUUUUAAGUAUUUUUGCUAGCUCCGUAUAAUCAUGGCUUUUAUUACGCCUUUAAACAUGAGAUUAGUAAACAUGAUUAACUUUAAAAUUUAUGGCUUUGUUUACCUCCA